UGUACUACGCGCACGAUAAACUAGAUGAUUUCAUCAGUACUAUUAACAGCCAUCUACAGCCUUUGUUUAUGCAGAUCCGGAAAGGAAUGUCGGAGGGCGAUGGGCGAGCACAUUACGCUUUGGUGAAUUUGGCAGAAACUGAAAUAACUAAAAUGGCAUCUGACUAUACAGAAAACGAAUUAGAAUUGUUCAGAAAAGCAAUGGACCUAAUAAUUUUAUCAGAAAAUGGCUUUGCCUCUUCUACAGAGAUUUUAAACCUUGCUGACCAACUUAAGACCAAGAAAAUGAAGAAAAAGGAAGCAGAACAAGUGCUGAAAGUUUUUGUGGAGGAUAAGUGGCUCUCUGAGAGAAAUGGAGAAUAUACUCUGCAUACUCGCUGCAUAAUUGAGAUGGAACAAUAUAUUCUCAGCAACUACCAAGAUGUGGCAAGGAAGUGUAACAUCUGUCACAGCCUUGCCAUCCAGAGCCAAGUAUGUGAAUCCUGUGGAAUUGCAAUGCAUUUACCUUGUGUCAGAAAGUACUUUAGAGCUCAGACUGAACCACGCUGUCCGCAGUGUAAUGAUUUCUGGUCCUGCGACAUUCCAGGUACGAGUCGGAUGGACUCCCAGUCACCAUCAAAAAGGGAGAGCAGAGAAGAGCUUCAUUCUCAGCCCUAG